GCAAUUUUAUAAAAAUAACAUAUGCAAUUGUUUAAUUUAGAUGAGUUUACUUGCACAAUCGGGGACAUACCAUUUGUCGACAAUCAAGCGGCGAGCCCCAGCAUCAGCCAAGUCUGUUCAUCACCGACCACGCGCGCUCAGCAGCUCCGCGCAGCUCAGCCCGGAUGCCGCCGUCCGCCUGUUCGAUGACCUGGCGCGGGAGCACUGCCCCCUCGUCCGCGUCUCUCUGGCGCACUUUGACGGGUUCGGCCUCGGCUGGCGCCUAGCCCCCAACACCACCACAGCACCCGCGCCUGCCAAUCUUGAUACCCAUCUCCCUCAUACUGCACCUCCACCACCUCCCACGCCACCCCUGCCCGGCACCGCCUGCCCAACCGCAUCCGCUACCGAGCUGCCGGACCCCUCCUCCCCACCGCCCCAGCCCUCCCCAGACCCCGAC